CUCGUCUUCCUGGGCGAGCAGAGCGUUGGGAAGACCUCCCUGAUCACCAGGUUUAUGUAUGACAGUUUUGACAAUACUUACCAGGCAACCAUUGGAAUUGAUUUCCUGUCCAAAACAAUGUACCUGGAGGACCGCACGGCUGCAGCUGUGGGACACAGCCGGCCAGGAGAGAUUCCUCAUUCCCAGCUCCAUCCGUGACUCUGCUGUGGCUCUCAUUGUCUUUGACAUCACAAGAAUCAUUGCUUCAGUAUCACAUGGAAAUCCCCACUGCCAUCACAUGGAUGCUCCAUGCUGGAGGUUGGAUUCUGUUUGCUUGCCUGGUGUCUGUCCUGUGGGAAUUGCCCCAAAAGCUUUGAUCAGAGAUGCUCCAGACUAUGAGUCCUGUGGAGAUCCCAUCCAUAAUCCUGGGAGAUCAGUGCUGCACUGUUGGCUACCCCCAGUAAUGAGGUGGGAGCCAAAUCCUAGAGAUGUUUGGGAAUAGCAGGAUCUCUGGGUGAGCAAAGGCGGGAAUUAAAUCACUUUACAAACAGAUCCAGGAAGCAGCUUUGCUGUGGUUGGAUUUGGGGCCAGAUGACGAGGUCACCUCAGCUGCUGCAGUUGGGUGUGGAAGUGACCUUUUCCCUAAAGGGUUUUCCUGCUCUCUCUCCUCUCCCUGGUGGGCCGGGCUGGCCCCAGCAGGUCCGGCUGCAGCUCUGGGACACGGCGGGGCAGGAGCGGUUCCGCAGCCUCAUCCCCAGCUACAUCCGCGACUCCACCAUCGCCGUCGUGGUCUAUGACAUCACAAACUUGAAUUCUUUCCAGCAAACCUCCAAGUGGAUCGAUGAUGUCAGGACAGAGCGAGGCAGCGAUGUCAUCAUCAUGUUGGUGGGGAACAAAACCGACCUGGCAGACAAGAGGCAAAUCACCACAGAGGAAGGGGAACAGAGAGCCAAAGAGCUGAAUGUGAUGUUCAUUGAGACCAGUGCAAAGACUGGCUACAAUGUGAAACAGCUUUUCCGCCGUGUGGCUGCUGCCUUACCUGGGAUGGACAGCACACCAGAGAAGAGCAAAGAAGACAUGAUUGACAUCAAACUAGAGAAGCCCCCCGAGCAGCCAGUCACGGAGAGCGGGUGCUCCUGCUAACAGCCCCUGCCAGCAGCACCCCCGCCCGGCCGGGCUCCCGGAGAACAUCCCGCUCAUCACCACCCCUCUGGGGCUGGAAAACCAUUCCUAAGCGAGCGAAUCCCUGUGUACUGGUGGGGAGCAGCCCCGGCCGCCCCUCUCACUGCAUGGUUUGAGCCCUGAGUGCAGAAUGAGUGUCCUGUCUUUUGAGUUUAUUUUUUUAUGUUGUUGCACUUUGGCACCGUGGUGCCCUUCACACUCUCUCCCUCUCUCUUUCUCUCUCUCUUCCUCCCUUUCUCCCCCUGUUCCCACCUCGAGCCUCCCUGCUCAGAUGUAUCUUGUGAAUGCCAUGGAAAAGCUGCCGAGUUAGGGAAGACAAAAAUGAAGCUUUGGGGGGUGGGUUCUCCACCUUCCCUCCUGCCUUGCAUCCUCCCCCUGCCCUCUCCAGCCCUGCAUCCCCACUUCCUCUGGUAAAAGGCUGCUCCUUAAACUUAAACCAGUCACUUGGACUUGCCUUUUUGGACUCUGCAGGUUCCCUGUUCCCAGGCUUUGCUUCCCACAGGGCACACACCCCAUGAGCUCCCUGGUUUCUCCUUUCUGUGGAUGAUCCUGGCUAACUCUUGCUCACAACUUCCCAGUUUUGCCCUUCGUGUUGCACAGGGCUCUGGAAAGCCCCAAACUCUGAGAGCUUUGGCCUUGUUGCUCCUGUUUGUGUGGCAGGGACAUCCCAGAGCCUGCUCCCCUCAGCUGGAAUCUCUUCCCAUCCAGAGCAUGUUGGUGAGUGUUGGCUGCAGAUGUGGGGGAGGAGGAGGGAACAGAGACUUUGCAGCCCAAGGCUGGGUGGGGAGAGAUCCUCAGGGAUUCUGGAAGGAAACAGUGACCUGGAAUCCAUCACUGCAGGGACAAUUCCUGCCCUGGGAGUCAUGGAUGCUCCUCAGGCUCUUUCCCUGAUCUCCAUUCUCCCGUUCCUCAUCACGGCAGCUGCUUCCUGCGGAGCAGGAGAGCCACAGCAGAGGGAAGGGCAACAUUCCACUCUCAUUCCCAGGUUGCUGCUUGAUGGAAUCAUUCCCAUUGCCUCUGCCCUUGGAGCAGAGCUCUGGGGUGGGACCAGCAGCAGUUUAACUCCUGGGGGAGUUUUAACCUUUGCCAAAGCUGAGGGGAGCAGUGGCAGGGAAUUCCUGUCCCAGUGGGUGGAGGAUUGGAGGAUUGAACGCUGCUGAAGGGAAUUCUGGUGUCACUGCCCAACCUUGGAGGUUGGGAAUUGCCUCCUUUCCCCCUGGUUUUGAAUUAAUUCAGAGCUCUUCAGAGAUUUCCUGGGGUUUUGGGUCCACAAAAAGUUGGUCUGUCAGUUGGCAGAGAGGAGAAUUCCACUGUGCUUUCCCCACCUGGCCAGUGUGACACGGAGGGUGCUGUGGUAGGACACAGUGUGACCACGGUGGGGGGGUCAGUGACACUCCCUCCCCUGGCAGGGUGUCCCUCAGUCCCUGCCACCGUGUGUGCACCUGAGGGCAGGAGGGGACAGCCCAGGCCUGGCAGCAGGUCACCGAGGUCCCCAGAGUCCCUUCCCCUCCAGGCGAGCUGGCUGCAGGAGGAAGCUGGGAUGUGACUCCCCGUUCCCUGCCCCUCGGGAAGCUGCUCCCAUUCCCUGUACAUAGCCCUUUGUGGGAAUUGCUGGUGUCGGUGUCCGUGUCUGUAGAACAGGUGUUGCUGUCCCUCCUCACAGGCAGCUCUGCUGUCCCUUCGUGUUGUUCGAGUCACGGACCGGGGCGGGAGGGGGGAGACCCCAAUUACGGGGCGGGGGGUAAUUAGUGGAAUCCAAUAGUUCCCUUCCCACUGUUUUUCUGGAUGUGUUCCUGCCGUGUGUCCGGCCCUGCUGUCUUGUAGCUGUAGCGAGUAAGUGUGACUGUAACUCUGAGUAAGGACUGUGUGACACAGCCACAGUGUAUCACUAAAUAAAUAAAGUUAUUUCACCAA